AUGGACAAUAAAUUUGCCACAUGCCGGCUUUGUAAUAAAAAAUUGAAAUAUUUAAUUAGCACCGGCAAUUUAGAAACACACGUUGUUAAACAGCAACCUAUUCAAUAUGACCAGCAAUUGAACAAAAAUAAACCAGUCGAUGCUACCCAAGUCGAUACCGAUGAUGAAAAUGAAAGUAAUGAUCCGUCCCAAGUAGAGACAAUAAGUAGUACUCCUGUCAGUCCUGUUCCUGAAGCUGCAACCGAAGUUGAAAUUUCAUACAGAAGUGAAAGUCAGCAGUCCAUAUUUUCGGGAAAUUUGCCUGGCCCAUCAACAAGUAAAGAAUCUCAAUCUCAACAUUCUCAACCCUUAGAAAACCUUCCUAUUCUGUCAACAAGUAAGCAAUCUCAACAAAAACGUUCUAUUUGCGAACCCAAAUACGAAAACGAGGACGACAAUUAA